UUCUUUCCCUCCACCCACACCUCCGUCUUCACAGUUCCGAGACCCCGCCCUCACUCUUAGCUUCUGCAUAAUCCGUUGUCUCAUUUGACACCCCCUACCAUAAAAAAAUACAAUAAUCAUGACUCGCCAUCAAACACAUCUUCCAUUUCAUAUUGUUCAAGAGGGAAAUUCGAUUGACAAGCCGCCAUACAGUUACGUUGCACUUAUUGCAAUGGCAAUCGAUGCUUCGCCGGAUAAGAGAAUGACGUUGAAUCAGAUUUACAAGUUCAUCGAGGCCAAAUUCCCAUAUUACCGUGACGCGGACGCGAAACGAAAACAGGGAUGGCAGAACAGUAUUCGACACAAUCUGUCACUCAACGACUGCUUUGUCAAAAAAGCACGAGACGGACAAAGCUGCGCGAACGACAGAAAGGGCAACUAUUGGCAAAUGGUGGCGGACAAUGCGCCUCAGUUUGACAACGGCAACUUUAAGAGAAGACGUGUCAAAAGACUUGGAAUCGGAAAAAUGGGUUAUGCGAAUACGACGGAAACUACUGAAACAGGGACCAUUCUACAGCAACAGCUUCCGUUUUUCAACGGGUUGAAGUGGCCACAGAAUAUUCAAACUAUGGAUCCUUUCCAGUUUUUUAAGUUCCAAUACCCCAACUCCAUCACUGAUAGUGCCAACACCUCCCAAAUCAACAACUCCUCUUCCUCAUCGUCAUCAUUUGAUACCUCAAUUUACACAAGCGCCUUCCCAAUUCCAACUUCUCAUUUCGACACAAAUCUAGUGGCUCCAUCUCAACCACCACCAGUUGUGUCUGAUGUAGAAGUUGUACCAUCGGAUACUGUCAAAGAGGAGGUUCUAGUUGAUAUGAAGCCAUUGAUCCCUGGGAUUUCAAGUACAACAUUCUUGACAAGUCUUCAGAUGACUGAUCCGAGGAGUAUCGAGCAACAGCAACUGCUCUCCACUGCAAGCAACAUGUACCCAAACGCCUUCAUGCCCCCUUAUACCAAUUGGUCCUGUCAACCAACAACCACUUUCACGGGAUUAUCAUUUGAUGACCCAUCUCUCUAUGGUUAUGGACAACAAUUCCCAGCUUCAUCUUAACUUACCCCUGUCAACUGCCUGAUCCUCGUUUCGCACUGUUUCAGUUCCUCCUGGAAUAAAUUUUUUGAAAUAUUUUGGUAAUUAAUUUCAGAUUACCUUCAAGCUAGAAUUUUCAUCCGAAUAAUUAUUCUUCACCUUCUCCUCCAAACCUUCAAUUUUCUCUUUGAGACCCGCAAUUUCUUGUUCAUAUUUUUCGAUUGUUUUCUUCGAAUUUUCAUCGUUUUUAUUGUUUUCUUUUUUUUGCUCUUUUGGCUCUUCUUUUAAAGUCUAUAAAACAUGAAUUAUGGUUUUAAAAAAA